GUUGUUGGUAGUUUUAAGAGUAAUACAGAGAGCAGAACUUCAUGCUACUGAGACAUUUUAUAAGACAAGGCUGAAACUUCUAGGCUAGCCUACUUCCUUAACUGUGUGUAUGGGGCGGGUACCUGUCCUGAGCGAACGGGACAGCAGACCGCAUGAGACCACACCACAGAAAAAAAGAAAGAAGAGGUUUCAAACUUUUAUCAAGUCAGGGUCAUGAUAAACACGGCUGAGUAUGGCAACACGUCGUGGGAGCUGUCAGUCCAGGUAGACCAGAGAGAUGGAGACGAGGGCAUGAGGUUUAAACUCCGAGUCAAGGGAGACCUGCACAUUAGAGGACUCAUGCUCAAACUGGUGGAGAAGAUCAAGGCCCCUCAGGACUGGUCAGACCAUGCUCUGUGGUGGGACCAGAGGAGCUGUUGGCUGCUGAAGACUCACUGGACCCUGGACAAGUACGGUGUCCAGGCAGACGCUGACCUGCGCUACACUCCCCAGCACAAACCCCUGUGCCUGCAGCUGCCCAACAUGAAGACGGUCAAACUCACCGUCAGCUACUCUGCCGUCGUCUUCAAGACCGUCGUAAAGAUCUGCAGAGCACUCAACAUCAGGAGGCCAGAGGAGCUGUCCCUGCUGAAGCCUCCAGAUAACCCGCCCAAGAAGAAGAAGAUGAAGAAAGACAAGAACCCAGCGCUGGAAGACAUCUUAGAUAUGGACAUCUUCAAUGGAGGCUCUGGGAGAACGGGCAGUCCCUUGUACAGUAAGACCAUGGUGCCCACCUAUGACCCAGAGAAUGGGACUCCAGCCUCGGCCACCAGCUUAUGGUUUGGGGACAACCCCCUGACCUCCAGCCAGCCCAACCUGCCCCCUGUAGAGCUGGCCAAGAUGUACCAGCAGUUGUCCAUGGUGGACAAAGCCAUCAUCAACGCAGGACCUGCCUUUUACACAGCUAAAGACUGGUAUCACAUAUGUAAGAUGGCGAUUUCCACGGAACCUCUGGACUUCUCCAAUGAACCGGAGAUAGAUGAAGUAGAGGCUGCCUUAUCCAAUCUAGAGGUCACACUUGGAGGAAAAACAGACAGAAUAUUGGAAGACAUCACAGACGUUCCAAAGCUGGCAGACUCCCUUAAGCUGUUCAGGCCUAAAAGGCUGGCAUUGCGUUCAUAUAAGGAGUACUGGUUUGUGUUUAAAGACACCACCAUCUCCUACUACAAGAACAAAGAGACAGCCAGCGGAGAGCCAAUAGAACAGCUGCAUCUCCGAGGAUGUGAGGUGGUCCCUGACGUCAAUGUGACGGACAAGAAGUUUGGCAUCAAGCUGCUGCUCCCAGUGGCUGAUGGGAUGAGCGAGGUCUACAUCCGCUGUGACAACGAGAUGCAGUAUGCCAAGUGGAAGGCAGCGUGUACUCUGGCCUCCAAGGGCAAGACCAUGGCUUACAGCUCCUACAGGUCGGAGGUGAAGAACAUCCAGUCGUUCCUGCAGAUGAAGAGUCUGGCGCCCCCCCCUGGUCAGUCUGCUCCAGACCUGGAUGCCAUGGAGAUGAAUGCUGAGUGCUUUGUCUCUCCUAGAUACACCAAGAGGUACAAGACCAAACAGCUGACAACAAGGAUCCUGGAGGCCCACCAGAACAUUGCCAGUCUCUCUCUCAAUGAAGCUAAAAUGCGCUUCAUCCAUGCCUGGCAGUCCCUGGCUGAGUUUGGUAUCAAAUACUACAUUGUCAGGUUCCGAGGCAGUAAGAAGGAUGAGCUGAUGGGUAUCUCCUAUAACCGUCUGAUCCGUAUUGACAUGUCCACUGGCCUGCCCGUCACCACCUGGAGAUUCGCCAACAUGAAACAGUGGAAUGUCAACUGGGAGAUCAGACAGGUGGCCAUAGAGUUUGACCAGAAUGUGUCGAUAGCCUUCUCCUGUGUGAGCUGUGACUGUAAGGUGGUCCAUGAGUACAUAGGAGGAUACAUCUUCCUCUCAACACGCUCCAAAGACCAGAACGAGACACUGGAUGAGGAACUCUUCCACAAACUCACUGGAGGGCAGGAAUGAACCCUGGACAUCAGCUUUCACUUAGUGCGGCUGGCAAGAAAUCAUUUAAAUGCAUUGUUGAUAUGGUUUUGCAGACUACAUCAAUUAUUUGUUCAUAUUGUAAAUUGCAGAGAAAAGUAGAAUGUCGUUGUCACUAUAUUUCGUCCCGAGACCAUCUCUACAGGAUGGGUAGACCAUCUCUACAAGGCCACUUUGUCUGACGGUCUGGCCUACUGCUUUGAUUGCAUGGUCCAUCUGCAGAGACAGCAAUUAAUUCAGCACAUGAGCUAUACAUCUUGUCACUUGUUUGAUUUGGUGUAGCCCAGUCUUUGAAUUCAAUGUUGUUGGCUACUUUCACAAUCAAUAUACGUUCAUUGCCUUGUUUUAUACAUAUUACUUGUUUGAUGUUUUCGAAUGUAACUUUUUUGCAAUUUUAUUACAAGUCCAAAAUACACUGCUCAAAAAAAUAAAGGGAACACUAAAAUAACACAUCCUAGAUCUGAAUGAAUGAAAUAUUCUUAUGAAAUCAUUUUUCUUUACAUAGUUGAAUGUGCUGACAACAAAAUCAAACAAAAAUUAUCAAUGGAAAUCAAAUCUAUCAACCCAUGGAGGUCUGGAUUUGGAGUCACACUCAAAAUCAAAGUGGAAAACCACACUACAGGCUGAUCCAACUUUGAUGUAAUGUCCUUAAAACAAGUCAAAAUGAGGCUCAGUAGUGUGUAUGGCCUCCACGUGCCUGUAUGACCUCCCUACAUCGCCUGGGCAUGCUCCUGAUGAUGUGGCGGAUGGUCUCCUGAGGGAUCUCCUCCCAGACCUGGACUAAAGCAUCCGCUAAUUCCUGGACAGUCUGUGGUGCAACGUGGCGUUGGUGGAUGGAGCGAGACAUGAUGUCCCAGAUGUGCUCAAUUGGAUUCAGGUCUGGGGAACGGGCGGGCCAGUCCAUAGCAUCAAUGCCUUCCUCUUGCAGGAACUGCUGACACACUCCAGCCACAUGAGGUCUAGCAUUGUCUUGCAGUAGGAGGAACCCAGGGCCAACCAUACCAGCAUAUGGUCUCACAAGGUGUUACGGAUACAAGUAUCCUGUGUGUGUGUUUCUUGUCUCUCCUUCUCCCCUCACAGGUGAAAAUCAUCACUCCCCAAUCAGUCACCAAUCAUCAAUCAGAAGACACACCUCCUCCUGUUUCCUACCCAAUCACCGUUCCUUUCCCUUUUGUUUAAAAACCCUGUCAGUUGUUUACUGUAGAGCUCAAUCUCUCUGUAAAUGCCAUGUCUGUAGAUCUCUCUGUUUCACUCUCUUUAUGUAUUGAGCUAUCUUUUGUUUGAGCACCUCCAUAGCACUUUGGCAUCACCUGUGAGUAUUGUUUUUGGUUAGGGUGCUUGUUUGUUUGCUGGUGGGAAAAUGGGGAACCAAGACAAGUCGCCCAUGGGCAUACACUACCCGUAGGUAAACUUUGUUAAAUACACUAGUUAGAACUGGGGGGACCACCCACUGUAUUUUUGGUUAGUUAGUUAGCUGUUGUUAAAGUAGGCUAGUCUAGCUUAGGGGUGUUUUUGAAUACUUAUUGUUUCUUUCCUUGGGUCCAGCUCAGCCCCUUUUCCUGCUCCCCCCAUUACUGUGCAUUUCCCAAUAAACCCUGAGUUUGACGGUA